AUGCGUUUCGGGAAGACACUCCGGAAUUCGGUUUACCCCCCCUGGAAGGGCAAGUACAUUGAUUAUGGAAAACUGAAGGCGUUGCUGCGAGAGCAUGACACCAAUGCGGAGGACGGCAGUGACUCUGACGAUGUUCAAUGGACCGAACAAGACGAAGAAGCCUUUGUGCAGGAACUUCUGAACGUGCAACUGGAUAAAGUCAAUGCUUUUCAAUCUGAGACUUCUCAACAAUUGCGGGAGCGUACUACGGCUUGUGAAGCCAAGCUGCAUCCCCUUGUUCCAAGCGCAGAGCAAGAAGGGAUUUCUCUCCCGGACCAGGAAAAGCGCGCUAUAGCAUCCGAGGUCUUGCAGGAGCUCGAUAGCAUUGCGAAAGAAGUCAGCGAGCUGGAAAAAUAUAGCCGUAUAAACUUCACUGGUUUCUUGAAGGCUGCUAAGAAGCACGACCGUAAGCGUGGGGCUCGUUACCGUGUUAAGCCUCUGUUGCAGGUCCGCUUGUCACAGUUGCCCUUCAACUCGGAAGACUACUCUCCAUUAUUCCAUCGCCUCUCGGUGAUGUACUCCUUUGUGCGGGAGACACUGAGCCAAGAUGUCCUGCAAAAAGAACCUGAAGAAGGCUUCGGUCAAGACAUCUACUCUUCCCACAAAUUCUGGGUGCAUGUCGACAAUGUCCUAGAAGUGAAGACCUAUAUCCUGCGCCGCCUGCCUGUUCUUCUUUACAACCCCGGCUCGUCGAAAAACUUGGAGACUCUCGAUGACCCUACCAUAACUUCCCUCUAUUUCGAUAAUCCUCAGUUCGACCUCUACGGCCAAAAGGUUGCUCGCGCGCCCGAGGCUGGAUCUCUGCGUCUGCGGUGGACCGGACAACUGAAAGACAAGCCGAGCCGGGAGGUCAAGGUGUUGCUGAAGGAAAAGCAUAUCAAGGAAUUCUUGGAUAACGAGUACCACCUUGACAAAAAGGUGCACCGCAUUGAAGACGCCAACAAUGGCGCCGAGGCAGAAUCUCUCCGGAGGAAUGUGGAAGAGCUCCAGUCUUUUAUUAGAGAGAACAAUCUGCAACCUAUGGUCCGCGCAAAUUAUACGCGCACUGCUUUUCAGAUCCCAGGCGAUGAUCGGAUCCGAAUUUCCCUUGAUACAAAUCUUGCUAUGAUUCGAGAGGAUACACUCGAUCCAGAACGCCCGUGCCGCGAUCCAGCCGAGUGGCACCGUACUGACCUGGAUGAUGGAGCUAUGACAUAUCCCUUCAGCUCGAUCCGGCCUGGAGAGAUCGUUCGCUUUCCUCACGCCCUGCUUGAGAUCAAGCUGCGUGGAAAGGCCCACGAAGCUGAAUGGGUCAAUGACCUUAUGUCUUCCCACUUGGUGAAGGAUGCACCGCGGUUUUCCAAGUUUGUUCAUGGCGUGGCUCAGUUGUUCGAAGAUCAAGUCAACAGCUUUCCAUUCUGGCUUGGUGAAUUGGAGAACGAUAUCCGCCGCGAUCCUGAGACAGCAUUCCAUGAGGAACAAGAGCGCCUGGCGAAACGAGCGGAAGAGGACAUGGCCGUCGGUAGCUUCUUAGGUGGCACUGGCAGUCCUAGUACGGGUGCGGUUUCAGGGUCUCCUUUCACUCGACUACGUGAAGCAGAGUCUCGUUCGAAACUCCGUCAGCCUUCUGCAGUCAUUGAGAUGCCGAAGAAGCCUCGUCUCUCUGUUGUUGAGCCCCAACGCCCUGAACCAGCGAUCGAGGCCCCCGAGCCUGCUCCGGAGCCUGCAGCUCCGACUUCCCGAUUGGUGGCAUUCCUACAGUCUUGGGGUAUUGCCCCUGCUAGCUGGGGUCGGCGAGAGGAGCCUGUCCGUCUGCCCCCCGGUGUGCGCCACCCAGGUGUCUGGAUCAAGGACACUGGCCCAGUCCGUGUUGAAAGCAAGGUAUGGCUGGCCAACCAACGGACCUUCAUCAAGUGGCUGCAUAUCAGCAUCCUGCUCUCCAGUUUGUCUCUUGGGCUGUACAAUGCUGCUGGCAAGCACAAUCGUGUUGCCCAGGCCCUUGCCAUCGUAUACACCUUUUUUGCCUUAUUCUCUGCUGGUUGGGGUUGGUAUAUGUAUGAGAAGCGCGGGCGGCUCAUCCGCCAGCGUAGCGGCAAGGAUUUGGACAACCUGUUCGGUCCCCUUGUUGUGUGCAUUGGUUUAGCAUGUGCUCUUGUUCUCAACUUUGCAUUCAAGUAUAGCACCCUGCUUGAGCAGGCCCGGGGGAACAAUCCCGGUGGAGGCCCGGUCCACUCCAACUCGUCUACAGUGUUUGGCGAGUCGGCGCAGACUCGUGCCCAACAGGUGCUGUAA